AUAUUGUUUUGGAAUUUGGUUGGGAAACAUCCAACCACACAAAAGAUCAUAGAGAAUAGGAGCAAAGAAAGAAAGAAAGAAAAAUGCACAAUUUUGGUGGGUGAGUGAGUGUGGAUAGGGAAACAAACACAACAACACAACACAACGCAACCAACAACAUCAAUUUAGGGCUGCGAACAAGGAGAGACAAUGAACAACAAUAACAAUAGGAAAUUGAUGAUAUUCUUGUGUGAACAGCAGUAACUGUCUGCUUUCACUCUGUUUCGAUUUGAUAUGUUUGGGCACAGCGUCGCACGUGACUUAGGAAUCAUGGCCUCUGCUCAUGACCUCACUGAUAAUGAAGAUGAUGAGCAGGAGCAGUCAGAAUCACCAGUGCAAUCUUCAUCUGCAAAUGGAAUUUCUGAUCCAGGUAUAGGUACCCAGAAUAUUCAAUAUGCAACACCUGGCCAGCUUGGAACUGGGCAUCCUAUGGUGCCACCUGUUUAUCCAUAUCCAGAUCCUUACUGUAGAAGCAUCUUUGCUCCCUACGAGACACAACCUUAUCCCCCACAACCCUAUGGUGGACAGCCAAUGGCCCAUCUUCAGUUAAUGGGAAUUCAGCAAGCUGGCGUUCCUCUUCCAACUGAUGCAGUUGAGGAGCCUGUAUUUGUCAAUGCAAAACAAUAUCAUGGAAUAUUAAGACGUAGACAAUCCCGUGCCAAAGCUGAAUCAGAAAAGAAAGUUAUAAGGAAUCGGAAGCCAUACUUGCAUGAAUCUCGACAUUUGCAUGCUCUUAGGAGAGCAAGAGGAUGUAGCGGUCGAUUUCUGAAUGCAAAGAAAGAUGAGGAUCAACAAGAUGAUGUGGAAUCACCUGACAAAUCACAGUCCAAGAUCAAUCUCAAUUGUGAUAAAAAUGAUCCUAAAUCAUCAGAUAGGACAUCCUUGAACUAGAGAGAUGAUUAUCUAGACGGUGGGGAUCUGUUGUAUAUCACAAGACACAAGAUCAAUAAUACCAGCCUUGGAUAUCUCACUAUUGCUUCAUUCUGGUUUCGUACGACCCCAUAGGUAUAGGGUUUUGUGCAGGAGGUACGUUAGGAUGUAGCAUGAUGCUGGUAAACUGUAAAUUGAAGUGAUUUUAUCAGUUAUUUUCUUUCCAGCCAUUGGCAAGUGAUAUUUUUAUUGUGUGAGCAUUUCUUUGUAUUGGGUUAGAAAUUAUCCGUAGCCAACUAGCCAUGUUGUUUGGUUGGAUCAUGCUUAUUUAUCUUACUAGAGACAUGUUGACUCUUGUCUUGUUAUCAAUGGAUAGGGUAGUUAAAUGAGCAUCCACAUUGUUGGUGAUGGAUAUUUUUAGUUUGUUUGCUGUAGUUAAUGGAAGGGCAGGGUUCAUA